AUGCCUUCGACUCCACCGAAAACCGUGUUCGUAUUCGACAACCCCAGAACAUGCUCACAGCUCUUCAACAAGCUGAUGGCAUCGCACCCUCAACUGAGCAACAUGUUGCACCCAUUUGUAGGCCCUUCCAUGUACGGACCGGAGAACCUUCGUCAACACCUGGAAGACAGCGAGCCUGCUUCUACAGCAAGAGACAAUCUCGCGCGAGUCUCUGGUCUCACGAGUGAAACCUAUCCCCAGGUCGCUGAGCGACUAAUACGCCAGGAAGCAGCUUUACGCGCUGAGGGCACAAUUCCUUUGAUCAAAGACCACGCACUCUGCGUGACGAAGCCAGAUAUCAUCGCCGCAUACAUCCACCACCGUAAACACGACACCUCCGCAAACCCCACUGUUCUUCCCGACUCCUUCUUCCUCGACUCGACAUCAACCCAAACCAUCAUCACCAUCCGCCACCCCGCUUCCAUCCUCCCUUCCUUCUACCGCGUCCAAGGCCCCGUCUUCCACUUCUCCAUCACAGACGAGACUCUCAAAGCCAUGUCCUCCCUACACUGGUCCCGUCUAAUCUUCGACUCCUACCUCUCUCGAGGCCACCAACCAAUCAUCAUCGACGGCGCAGACCUCCUCUCCAACCCUCAAGCUCUCAUCUCCACAUUAUGUCAAUAUCUAUCUCUCGACCCGGACGGGAUCCAAUACACGUGGCCUGUAGUCCCUCGAGAGCAAUGGCCAAAAGAUUUGAUCAUGCAGGGAUUUUUCCAGGAUCUCUUGCAGUCGGAAGGUGUGAAAAGUCGCCCUAGAGCGGUUUCGAGGUCGGGAGCUGUGGAUUUGGGGGUCAAGGAGAAGGAAUGGGAGGAAGAGUUUGGGAAGGAGGUUGCGGGGAAGAUGAGGCAGCUUGUUGAGGAGGAGAUGGAGGAUUAUGAGUAUUUGAGGAAGUUUUGUUUGGUUGUUUAG